GAGAGAGAGAGAGAGAGAGAGAGCCUCCCUCCUCUUGCAGCUUCCGGUGUAGACCGAAUAGAAAUAAGGAGAUGAAAGGUAAAGCGAAGAGAUCCAAAACAAAUCUAGGGUUACCAAUCGUCAUCCUCAUAUGCUUCCUUUUCUUCGUCGCCGGUUUCUUCGUUUCCGCGCUUUUCUCUCAGGAUGCGCCUAGGGUUAGACCGAGGUUGAGGACGCUUGAAUUGGUCGAGGAGAUUGAGCAGGAGGGGGAGCUGGGUUCGAUGCCACACGGCGACACCGGAGGAGCUUCUAUUGAAUCAAUUCCUUUUCAGGUUUUAAGUUGGAAACCACGAGCUCUGUAUUUCCCAAAUUUUGCAACAGCCGAACAGUGUGAAACCAUAAUUAAGAUUGCAAAGACAAACCUAAAGCCAUCACUUUUGGCUUUGCGAAAGGGGGAAACUGCUGAGAGUACAAAGGGAACAAGGACAAGCUCAGGAACAUUUGUUAGUGCAUCCGAAGACGAAACUGGAGUCAUGGAUCUUAUUGAGCAAAAAAUUGCUCGGGCUACAAUGAUUCCAAGAACCCAUGGUGAGGCAUUCAACGUACUGAGGUAUGAACUUGGGCAGAAGUAUGAUUCUCACUAUGAUGCAUUCAACCCAGCUGAAUAUGGCCCACAACAGAGUCAAAGGGUUGCUUCUUUCUUGUUGUAUUUAUCCAAUGUAGAAGAAGGUGGAGAAACCAUGUUUCCUUUUGAGAAUGGCUCAAAUAUAGGUACAGGCUAUGAUUAUAAAAAAUGCGUAGGUUUAAAAGUGAAGCCACGCCAAGGGGAUGGCCUUCUAUUUUAUUCAGUGUUUCCAAAUGGAACAAUUGAUCGGACAUCUCUUCAUGGAAGCUGUCCGGUGAUCAAAGGUGAGAAAUGGGUGGCUACAAAGUGGUUGAGAGAUCAAGAACAAGACGACUAAAGUAUUAUUUUUGUUCAGCUUUCAUUUUUGUUUCCAAAAUUUUAAAUAUAAUGGUACGGAUUUUUUAAAAGGUCAGCAGUUUGAAAUUGUUAAUCA